AUGUCGCCAAAAACUCGUCUCGCCGAGAAGAAAGAAAAAGCGGGAGCGUCGGAGAAGAAGAAGAACGCCGCCGUGAAAAGAAAGGAAGCGGCAGCGAAAAGGAGAGCCGCCGUUAAGAAAAAGAGAGAAGCGUCGAAGAGGAGUGAAACCACAAAGAAGAAGAGGAAGCGAGAUAGUGGUCUGGACGGUGGGUCCUCGUCGAAUCCAACCAAGAGGACUCGGAAUCGUGUGAGAGAAACCGCAGGAUCUCCACCGGAAAAUGAAGGCGUUCAUUCCCCCACACCGAACCCCACCACACCACGCCCAGUGUCUCCGAGUCAGCCAGAAAAAUCGCCAACACCAACUCAUGCAGCGAAUGAGGCCGAGAAUCCACAACAACCUCGAGUAACCUCAGGCUCUUCCACAAAGAGUCCUUCACAUCGUGUAGACGAGCAGAACGAUGAGGAGAUUGGAUCUAACAACAGAGAUCCAAACACACCCGAGGUUGCCGUUGAUAAUGAGGCGCCAAGAACGGUUGAGAGGGAUAUGACCGUAGAAGCUGACAGACCUGCUGGUUUUUUCUUCAACCCGAGCGACUAUCAAAAGGGUUGCAAGCUCUCCUCAAGGUGCCGGCAACACGAUUUCCUGACCAUGCUGAACGCGGUUGAUAAGUUUGAUGCCUCAGAGAAGAGUUGGUUUCAGGAUCAUCCUCAGUUCAAGCAUAUAUUCCACAUGGAUUGUACCUCAACAAGAAAAAUGAUGGGAUUGUGGAUGUUGCUACUUCGUACUAUGCAUACAGGAAAGGGUAGACAAGCUUGGUUUGGAGUAAACGGUGUUCCAGUUAGAUACUCCAUCAGGGAGCAUAGCCUUAUCUCUGGUUUAUACUGCCACUCAUAUCCAGAAAACUAUCAAAAGAUAGGGAACAUGAAGUUUGCGAGAAAGUAUUUUAAAGUGAAGAAGACAAAGGAUGGGAAGGAAAAGGGUCUGCAAGUGACAGAAGAAGAUGUCAAAGAGAAACUUCAGAAGAUGAAGUUUGAUGGUAGUGGCGAUCGUCUGAGGAUGUUGGUUCUUUACUUUCUGGCUAGAGUUUUAAGAGGAAGGUCAAAAGCAAAUUACUUCAUUGAGUAUUUCCUUCUUCAAGCAGUAGAAGAUCUAGAGUUUUGCACCAAAUUUCCAUGGGGCCGUUACACAUUUGAAGAUUGCAUGAAAGAGAUUUUUCAUGUGAGGGAUCAUUUUCGUGAUGGGAUCCCAGAGGAGGCACAAUGGCCAUUUCCUGGGUUUAUCAACCCUUUGGAGAUAUUAGCAUUUGAAUGUAUCCCUGUCCUUAGAGAAAAAUUCAGAGAGCCUGUUCCAAACUGUCUUGAUGGUUGUCCAAGAAUGUGCAAAUGGAGGUUCAAGAGGACCGGCACAACAGGAUUUCCACUUGACAUGAUUUAUCGGACGCUAGGAGAGACAAAGGAGAUUAUCAGUAUUUUGGAACCAGUAGGAUAUGAACUAGACCUUUUGUAUCAAAUCAUGGAUGAAGGGACUUUUGCAGACUUGGAGCUGAAAGAUGAUUCGGAUACGCCAGACAUAGCUGUUGACAGUUGGAACAUGAUCCUACUUCAACCAGGGAGUAAAAUAUUCUGGCCGGAUCUAUAUGAGAUGGAUGUGAGGACCCGAGAGCAACAAGAGGAAGCAGGAGGCGAGGCAGGAGGAGAGGCAGGUCGUGAGAGAUUAAGAGAAUUAGAGGCAGGGGGAAAUGCAGGUGUUGAGGCAGGGGGCGAGCCAGGAGGCGAGGCAGGGGGCGAGCCAGGAGGCGAGCAAGAGUAA